UAUAAUUUUUACAUUGAUAUUUACUUUUCAAGUAAAAUCAAUUUUUUUCAAAAUCACUUCUUAACCAAACAUGCACUAACUCAUUGAAUGUUAUGGUUUUAUGAGAAAAGCUUCCGUCUUUGAUCACCAAUUCUCCACCGCCGGCGUCAAGCGGCAGAGUAUUUCUGAGAAUCAACUUCUACUUAGCUUCUCAUUCUCAAACAAUCAAAACUUGCUGGGGUGACAUUUAUCAGUGGGUAGCUCUGGCUCAAGCCCUUCUGUUACCUUGUUGGAGACACAAGAAUCAUUGACAAAAAAUGCUUCAACACCAAGUUGUACAGUCACCUGCUAGGCUAGGCCUAACAAACCCUAACUCACCGUUGAUUCCAAACCCUACCCCUCCAAAGCUCCCUCCUCUACAGACCACCAAUCACCACCAAGACCGUCAUUUGGCAACCCCUUCUCCUGCUCUACUCUCUCUUCUCCCACCCCUUCCUAGAGCACAAGCACUUCUUCAACAAAUGGCUUCCUUAUCUACUAAGCUCUUUGAAGUAUCACCCAACAAGUCCCUUUGGGUUAGUGCAUUCCGUGGAUCACUCCCGACCUUCCUUUCUUCACAAGGCCAACCACGUUCUUCUGCAUCGCUCGAUUCGUCUCCUUCUACCACCAAAGAAAUCCUUUCACUUUUCACCAACCUUCAAACCCAAAUGUUUGAAGCUGUUUCCGAACUCCAGGAAGUUCUUGAUCAAAAAGAUGCUAAGCAAAAGAUCGACCAGGAAAUUUGCUCAAAAGAUUCAGCACUACUUGCAUUUGCCAACAAACUCAAAGAUGCUGAGAGGGUACUUGAUAUUCUUGUUGAUGAUUACUCUGAUUAUCGCAGCAAAACCAAGAGAUUAAAAUUAGGAGAUGGAAGUGAAGAUGUUUCUUUGACUACAUCAACAGUAUCGUCUCAGCUGAAGCUGUCAGAUAUAUUAUCAUAUGCUCAUCGAAUAAGUUAUACAACGUUUGCACCUCCAGAAUUUGGAGCAGGGCAGGCCCCUCUCCGGGGUGCACUUCCACCUGCACCGCAAGACGAGCAAAUGAGAGCUUCACAGUUAUAUAAUUUUGCAGAUCUGGAUAUUGGAUUACCAAAGUCGGCUGAAACCACGGAGAAAACAAUUGAGGCUAUUAUUGAGCCUCCACCUUUACAGCCUGUGGAUGCCAAUUCACUUGCAAAUUUGCCUGGAAUUCAAGGACUGCUACCUCCAAAUUUUACUGUUCCGGCUGGUUGGAAGCCUGGAAUGCCUGUACAGUUGCCUAUUGAUAUACCAAUUAAGCCCCCACCUGGGUGGAAACCAGGGGAUCCUGUGGCAUUGGACUCCCUUUCAAUACCAAGGAUUGAGGAACAACAGUUACACCCUCAUGUUCCUCAGCCAAAGCUGCCAGAAAUUAUUCAAGUGGCACCAGUUAAUUUGGAUCUUGGAGAAAGUGAUAGUAGUGACUAUAGUAGCGAUGAUGCCAGCACUGAUGAUGAAGAUUGAGCAGGUUUUGAUAAUUAUCUUCUCAAAUCAGCGAAUAUACAGAUUAAGCACAGGAGGGCCACGUUUAGCAAGGGGCGAAAGGCUGAGAAGGGUAAGCAACUGGGAAAGCAGUUGAAUCGUACUGGGUCAUCUAGCUAAAUGUAAUUAGUAGAAGAUAACCUGAGAUAGUAGAAGUUAAAUGUAAUUAGUUGAUUGUGACAAUUUGUAACUAUAAUUUUCAUGAUUUCUGGAUUUCGUAUAGGGUGCUAAUGAGUUUACUUUAUUGUCUUGGUCUGAAAAGCUCUUAACAAAAGGAAUAGUAGGCUGAUGAUUUUAUUAAUGGUGUUUUAUCCCCAGUAA